AAUGUCCCCCCAUGAUCUCUCCUCACCCACAUCCCCAGCCGUGGAUCCUGAAGAGAUCCGCCACAGGAGGAUGAUAAAAAGGUCAAAGGUCAUCGAGGAGCUAGUUAGGACAGAGGGAGACUAUCAGAAGGACUUGGAGCUCUGCAUAACUGAGGUUCUGCUUCCUUUAAGAGCAGCCCAGUUGGUGGAUGUAGAUCGGCUGUUCACCAACAUUGAGUCUGUGUGUGUUGUCUCUGCUGAACUGCUCCAAAGACUGAGAGAUGCCAUAGCUGACCCUGACCCUGAAACACAACUCAUAGGAGAAGUGUUUAUCCAAGCCAAAGCCGUCGUGGAGGAUGUAUACAAAAUUUACUGCUAUCAUCAUGACGAGGCUAAUGCUUUACUAAAGUCUUAUGAAGCACAGGAAGACAUCCAGCAGCAUUUUAGAAGAUGCAUAUCCACACUCAAGAAAAUAUACGACCAAGAAGGGAAGCCCAAUUUGCUUGACAUGGGUUCUCUACUCAUUAAACCAGUGCAGCGUAUCAUGAAAUACCCGCUGCUAUUGGCUGAAUUGUGGAAUGCCACACCCACGGACCACCCUGACAACAGACCCUUACAGGAAGCUCUGACCACUGUAAAGAUUAUUAACAUCAACAUUAAUGAGUUCAAGAGGAGGAAAGACAUAGUGCUGAAGUAUAAGAGGAGUGACGAUGAAACCUCACUGAUUGGUAAACUCAACAAGUUAAACAUUCAUUCUAUCAGGAAGAAAUCAGACCGGCUGACAAGCUAUUUCAAGAUUCUCACUGGUGUCGAGCCACAGGUGAGAGAUGAAGCGUUUGACAAAGAGGAAAAACUGUUCCGUAGCCUUGAGAAAGCUGUGAGACAGCUAGUCAAAAACAUCACCUGUUACUUGCUCUAUACUCAGGAGAUGAUAUCCAUUGCUGUUCAAAAUGCACAGGACCUAGAAGCUAUAAUGAAGGAUCCAGACAAAAUAGACACAAAUGGCUUUCAGCAAAAGAGGAACGGCAAUGACCCAUACAAACAGUUUAAAGAUCACAUGGAGCAUCUUGUUCUUGCUCCACUCUCGAGCCUGCUGGGAAUGUUUUCCUCGCCACAGAAGCUGAUACAGAAGCGCUACGAUAAACUGUUGGACUACUGCAGCCAGUUGGAUUCCCGAUCCUCCAAAGAGGAACAGGGCCAGGCCAAAAAAGAUUACCUGGCCCUCAAUGCCCAGUUGCUUGAGGAGCUGCAAUGCUUCAACAGAGCUGUCAGGACAAUCCUCACCAACUGCUUGAUUUGUGUAGUAAAAUUAAUUAGAAAGCUGAUGGAAGCAGCUCAGCCGCCUAUCCAACAGAUACCGGUUCCCUUGUCAAACUUUAGUGAAGUCCAAAAUUCAAUUAUGGAGGAGUUGAGCAACCUUGGAUUCUUCAAAGAUAAUUCCCAAAAGCUGAUGGAGCGCAAAGUUAGCUUUGAAAAACGGGACAAGAAAAUGGUCCCAGAGGUCUCCAGACAGACAGAGGAGCAGAAAGCCUGGCUCCUGGAAGAGUUUGCAGUGGAUCAGCUCUAUCAGCUCAAGCGUAACUGCAAUGCCUGUCAGGAAAAUGACAUCAGCCUGCUGGAGGGGGAGCUGGUGGCCCUGCUGGAAGACAAAGACCCUAUGGGAAGCAGCAGCCGCUGGCUGGUGCACACUGGGAGUACACAGGGCUACGUGUACUCAUCAUUCCUGAAAGCCUACAACCCCCAGCGGGAGGUGACUGAGAGGCCAGAUGACUUUGACAAUCUGAGUCUGUUCGUGUCGAAUAGCAGGAGCAGUAGUAUGCGGAGCUUCAGUCCGUACAGCACUUCAGACAGUAUGUCCCCUCAGCCUGGACCACAGGACGAGCCGGACCCCUCAGAGGACCAACAUUUCUAUGCAGUUUAUGCCUUCCAGGCACGCUGUGAACAAGAGCUCACGCUUCAGGAGUACCAGCAUGUUCGUAUCCUUCAGUUUUCUGACCUCGGCGGUAACAAAGACUGGUGGCUCGCUGAAUCUAAUGGACAAAAAGGCUACGUCCCAGCAAAUUACCUUGGAAAGAUGUCAUAUGCUUAAAACUCUUUUUCUUCUUUCUCUAUAUUAAUAGUUCUUUUUAUUUAAAAGAAGAAAAAUAUGAAUAUAGAUUUUUUUUGUUUUUGUUUAAUGAAGGCCACCCCUGCACAAAUAUUUUUGCACAUGUGAAGCUUCCAACAGUGUUUGCUUGAAUUAUAUACAAAUUGUUAUAGAGAGCUUGUUAAUCAAAAAAUAUUCUAAGUAAUUGUAUAUAGUAAUAUUAAUACAUCAAAGAUUGUGUGAAGAAUAAAAUA